CCCGCCCCCCCCGCGGGCACCAUAGAGACGGGGCGGGCCGGGGCGGGUAGAGCGGCCCCUGCUCGUGCCUUCUCUACGCGGCCGUAGUCCGGCCUCGCUGGUGCGCGGCGGGGGAGGGGGCGCGGGCCGGGGAAGGCGCUGUCACGUCAUGGCGGACGAGGGCGACUCUGAGCCGAGGAAGUCCUUCAAACUCCUAGGAUUUCUUGAUGUUAAAAGUGUCCCAUGUGCACGAGAAUCAGUGCUCUAUGGCUCCCUGGGAUCUUUAGUUGUGGGUCUUGGACAUUUUUUAGCAACUAGUAGAGUUAGAAGAUCUUGUGACUUUGCAGUUGGUGGCUUUAUUUGCACAAUGUUGGGAUACUGGUUUUACUGCAGGUACAAUUUGGCCCAACACAGGAUCCGGCAAAGAAUGCUUAAAGAAGGAAUGAGAAACAAAAUUUUAUUUGAAGGCAGUUCUCUUGAUCCAGAAAGAAAACAAACUGGCAAUGAAAGAAGCGAUUCAUAGUCUGCUAUAGAGGAAUCUGUGGUCUAAUACAGCUUUGGGAGAAGGUAGUCCGAAAAUGGCAGUCUUCCCUGUAAAUGUGUGAGGUGCCUAAAACUGGUAAAUCGUGCUGGUUUUCCUAGCAAAUCCGAGCAAGAAAUUCAUAGCGAAUCUGUUAAGUCAGUAUACAAAUGUGUCUUUGUUUCAUCUGUGUCAGUAUGUAUAUGACUGUGUACACAGAUAGUAUUGACCUGUUCAACAUCUGGGAACUGAUGUGUUCUGUUACAGGGUCUCAAGAGGAUUAAUGACAGGUUUUGGGACUGCUUUAACUUCCAUUAUAAACAGAAGGGUUAAUUUUAGUGAAGUUGUAAUUACAUCUCAUUUCAAUACAGGAAAAUAUUUUCAUCAGCUGUUCUCUUGAGUAAACUUAUCUUUCAGUGCUACUGUUAAUUGUGCUGUUUGUAAAACAGGAACAUUUAAACAGCAGGUGACCACUUUGCUUGUGCAAGGUGAGUGGUGUUGGUAGCCUUUGUAAGAUUUCAGCUGCAGAAUAACUUCAGGUAAUUUAUAUACACAGUGAAGUUGAAGGAUUUCAUCUUUGUUCUGUCUGUGCGAAACUAAGAAUAAAAUCACACUUCAGAAGCAGUCUAAGCUAUGUAAGUAACUAAUCUUUUUACUUGAUUAAAAAUCUUGCUCUUCUGUUUAA